AUGUUUGUUGCAGACGAUUCUAAUUUGAAAUUCGCAGCAACAACAUCAUCAACACCUCGCAAACUUCGACUGGACGAACCAGCGACCAUCACCGUUCGUAUUUCCGGAUUUCCAAAACCGGAAACACGCUGGCAGAUCGGCCGGAAGAAGAUCAAAAAUUCUAACAAGUAUCACGUGGCUGAAUUUAGCGAUGGAAGAUGCGAGUUGGUGAUUAGAAGGGUUGGGUGGAAUUUGGAGGAGGGCGUAUGGGUGGUGGCUGUGAAUGAGGCAGGGGAGGAUUGCGCCCUGGUUGAAGUGCAACAGCCGCAACAGAAUCGACCACAGCAAAAGCAGCCGCCCAAGCAGCUUCAGCAGCAUGAUCAAGAUUUGCAAUCAGAAAAACUUCAAAGAUCAGUACGUUCAGAACAAAUACAACAGUUACAACCUCAAAAACAACAACAUUCGCGAGAAAAACAAACGCCACAGAAGCCGCAACACCUACUACCACAAAAACAUCCUCAAUGGGCGCAGCCACAGCGGCCACAACAGCCACAACAACCCACCACCAAGACAAAGCCAACAUUUGGACUUCACGCAAAGAGAAACAAGAGUUUUACGCUAGAAGAUAAGGAUGACGAUUCUUUCGAAACUUCUGAACCGCUAAACAAAACUUUGGGAACUAUGGAAGCCUUUGCAAGAUAUGAUACUACUACUACUUCUAACAAUACAACUGCCAAAAAUGAAACUAUUAAAACGGAUGAUUCAGAUACAGUCAACAACAACAACAACAACUACGUUAACAAAAGUAUAGAUAUAAACAACAAAACAAACGUUUCGUUGAGCAACAACAGCAGCAGCAACAACAAAGAUGAAAAGAUUUCUCCUUCGACAAAUCAAAAUCAGUAUAAAAAGUUGAAAGAAGAAAAUGAUGAUGACGACGAAGAAGAUGAAGAAGAAGAAGACGAUGAAGAUAAAGAGGAAGAUGAUGAUGAAGAUGAUGAUAGUGAUAGUGAUAACAACGUAGAAAAUAGUGAAGACGACGACGACGAUGAUGAUAAAAAGAUUAUGAAUUGUGAUAAAACCUCAAAUGACAAAACUAAGCUAGUAAACAAUUGCAGAACUGAUGACGACGACAAUGAUGAUAGUAAGGAUGGUAAUACUGAUGAUAAUGGUGAGGAGGAGGAAGAAGAAGAUGGAGAUGAUAGUACUGAUGAUGAUGAUGACGGUGAUAAUAAACCUCUCAUCAGUCCAAUCAGCGAAGGGAAGACUACACAGAUCAAUCGUGAAGAUGGUAAUUUCGCUUUGGAAGAUGACAAUGAAGAUGAAGAUGACGAUGAUGAUGACGAUGACGACGACGAUGAUGAUGAUAGCAACAUAAUUUCUAACAUCAUCACCACUGAUGUCAAAGAAGAACUUUUAAAUGCGGCUAGCGAUAAUAGAGAAGAUGUAAACGAAAACAUAGACCUCUUAGAAAACACUCAAACACUUACAACACCAAUGACGUCACCGUCCAAAGACAUAAAAAUCACCAACGAAACAAUUAACAAUGACGCCAAAAUCGACAACAACAGCACAAACAACUACAAAAACAACAACGACAUAAAAAUCAACACGCUGACGCGCCAAUCAAAUUCAAAUUUGAAGUAUGACGUCAUCCCGGAAGAUGAACAGUACGUAGUUAAACGCAAGGGGGCCUCGUACAUUGGCGCUAUUAAAUUCAUUGAUUCUGACGAUGACGAUGGUAAAAACUGUGACGACGAGAAUGGCAAAACGGAAGAAGAUGACGACGAUGAUGAUGUCAAAAGUUAUAAUGAUGGAAAGAUGAAACGUGAGAAUGAGGAAAAUGAUAAACUGAAAGAAAAUGAUACAAAAAACUUGUCUGAAAAUAAAAUCAUAAAGAAGGAUGAUCAUGAUGACGAUGAUGAUAGUGAUGAUGGUGAUGAUGAUGAUGAGGUGAGAGAAGAAGAUGAAGAUGAUAAUGAUGUCUGGCCUGAACCUCCAAGCAGAUCUUUCUUAUCAUCCAUCUCAACAACCCCAGUCUACGACUACGAUGAUGAUGACCCCAAAAGUGAGGACUUGAAUACUAAAACAGAGUCAACAUUCAACACAACGGACAUGCUGAACAAAAUCAACGAUAUAUUCAACAAUACCAACAACAACAAAGACAUUAACAAUAAUGACAUCAACAAUGCAGCAGUUAAACUACAGGCAACACCAUAUAAAAAUGUUAUAAUAGAAAGAUCGGGGGUUGAUUUCAACAACAACAUCAACAACAACAACAACGUGAAUAUAAUUAAAACUAAUAAAGUUCAAAAACCACUUGAAAAUGAAGCUGGUGGACACCACCAAAGUGACGGCGGUGAUGAGGACAUGAACGAGCCAAUCAGAAGGCGGGUUGCGAGAAAGAACAGAUGGUCCAAUGGGAAGAGUUCCCAAAGCGAAAAUAAAAAUAGUUCCUUCGCAGUCAUUUCAAGAGAUCAGACAGAUAGUGACAGUGAUUACAUCAAUAGCAUCAACAGCAGCAGCAUCGUCAUCAGCAACAACAACAUCAACCACAACAUCAAAAACAACAAAAUUGACUCAAUCAACAACAACGCCACUACCGACAACAGCACAACAACAACCUCAACAACGACAUUAAACGCCAUUAAGAAGCGAAGCAUGAAACGCGUGAACGCUAGCUUCGACAGCGUCAACAGCACGAGGUCUUCAGUGAAUUCCAUCUACAUGGAAACCAACUUCGACGACGAUUGCGACAGCAAACCCCCGCAGACAACACUAGAUAGAAAUGAUCUUAACAGCAGUUGCAGCAGCAAUGGCAGCAACAACAUGAACAACAAUGACACCAACAACGACAUUCCAUCCACGUCCAAUCACAACAUCAAUAGCUACCAUAGAACCAUCAAUGAUUACAUCAACACCGGAAGCAGCAGUAGCAGCAGCAGCAGCAACUUCCGUCACAACAACAACAUCAACAUCAGUUACAACAACAUCAGUUACAACAACACCAAUCGCAACAACAUAUACAACAACAUCAACAGAAUAAAGAACCAGAAGUCCGUCUUUCCUAGACAAACACUAUUUGACUGA